UCCUAUAUGAUGUAAAUCCACCCGAGGGCUUCAAUCUUCGCCGAGAUGUGUACAUUCGCAUGGCCUCUUUGCUGAAGACACUGAGGAAAGAGGGUGACUGGGUGCUAGUGCUGCCUCCAUGGGGUCGCCUGUAUCACUGGCAGAGCCCUGAUAUACAUCAGGUUCGCAUCCCGUGGGGGGAAUUCUUCAGCAUAACCAGCCUGCAGGCUAACAUACCAGUCAUUGAGUAUGAGGAGUUUAUUGCUGAGUCUGGGGGUCCCUUCAUUGACCAGAUCCUUGUGCUGCAGAGCUACGCAGAGGGCUGGACAAAUGGGAAAUGGGAGGAGAAGGUGGAUGAACGACCUUGCAUUGAAAAGCUAAUGUACUCAAAAGACAAACAGGGAUAUUAUAGAGGUUGGUUUUGGGGUUAUGAGGAGACCAGAGCAUUGAAUGUCACCUGUUUAUCUGCUCAGGGACAUGCCUCUAUCUUGGCUCCUGUCUUACAAAAUAACUUAACCGCCACGUCAGUAAUGCUGGACAGAGCUGAAACUGUCCUCCAUGAUCACUAUGCUGGGAAGGACUACUGGGAUACACGGCAAAGUAUGGUGUUUGCCAAACACUUGCGUAUCAUAGGAGACGAGUUUAGGGCCAAGUAUCUCAACUCCACAGACAAACAGGACCAGACACUGUACAACGAAGACUGGACCCGAAUGAAAAACAGGCUGGGCAGUGCUAAGGGAGCCCCUUACCUGGGAGUCCACUUGCGUAGGAAGGACUUCAUCUGGGGGCACAGAGAAGAUGUGCCCAGCCUCAAAGGAGCAGUGAAGAAGAUCCAUAGUCUCAUGAAGAAGCACAAGCUACAACAAGUCUUUGUUGCCACCGAUGCAGACGGAGAAGAGCUAGCUAAACUGAAAAGGAUGCUACCUGAGAUGGUACAAUACGAGCCCACCUGGGAGGACCUGGAGCUCCUGAAGGAUGGAGGGGUGGCCAUCAUAGACCAGUGGAUUUGUGCUCAUGCUAGAAUACACGAGGAAAGAGAGAUCCUAGGUUUCGAUCCUAAAACCACCUAUAACCGAUUCUGUGGCGACGACGAGAAAGAAUGUGAACAACCAACACACUGGAAAAUUGUCUACUGAUCACACAGAAAACUUGAUGCUGGUUAUACAGACUGUAACUGAUUUCUCAGAUUUAAGAGGAUUCUCUAUAUUUUUUAUGUUUUUGCUGACUAUGUUGAAAAUACAAUCUUAGAAAGGAAUAGUUCACCCAAAAAUGAAAUUUCAUGAAUAUUUACUCACUUUCAAGCCAUCCCAGAUGAAAAUUUUCGUUUAAGGGUGUACUAUUUGUCUAAUGGCUGAGCCAAUGGUUUUUCAUUGCGUAACAAGUUAGGCCUUUGUAAGUUAAGGAAGGUAAGGUGAGACAUAAGUGGAAAAUAUCAAAUGGCUUUGAUCUCAUAUCUUGUGUUAGAUGUGGAAUUUGUGUAUGCUGCUGAUCUGUUCUCACAGUUCUUUGAUUUGGAUUGUUGAUAGGCCUGUCACUAAACAACUAUUUGUUGUGCGAUAUAUAGCCCCAGAAAUAAUUGCGAUAAGCGAUAUUAUUGUCAUUUUAAAGAC